UUGAAACCAGCGAUCAACUCAACCAUAUGUGAUCGGAUUAAGCCUAAUGUAAAGACUAUCAUAUCACAACAUUGCUAUAAGGGCCAUCCUGGAGGCAGCAAAAUGUCUUGGGACCCCAACGCCAGCAUGUCCUUUACCUGUAGCAAGGGCCUCACCAACAAGCCUGGGGAGAACAACUGCUUCCUCAACAGUGCUGUACAGGUCCUAUGGCACUUGGAUAUAUUCCGUAGAAGUUUUCGAUCACUAACGGGCCACGCCUGUAUGGGAAACUCUUGCAUAUUCUGUGCGCUGAAGGUAAUCUUCACACAGUUCCAGUACAGCGACCAGACUGCUCUACCCCCAGACGCCCUCAGAAAGGCUCUCGCUAAAACAUUCGCAGACCAGCAGAGAUUUCAACUUGGCCUCAUGGACGACGCAGCAGAGUGUUUCGAGAACAUACUGUUAAGGAUCCAUUUCCACAUUGCCAACCAUGAGAGUGAAGAUAUGUGUAAUGCCAAACAUUGUAUUCCCCAUCAGAAGUUUGCCAUGACCCUUGUAGAACAGAUUGUAUGCCAGUGUGGAGCUACUUCUGAACCGCUGCCUUUCACACAGAUGGUGCACUAUGUAUCUGCCACAUCAUUAGUGUCUGAGGCAAAGAGGGCUGGGGGCCCUGAGUUCCAGUUAGAGGCAGGAAUAUUUGGUCAACUCCUUCGUAAUGCUGCUGCUGUUGGAGACAGUAGACAAUGCCCGGGACCUACUAAGUGUGGGCAGAAUGUAGAGGUUAGGCGGAACUUGAUGAAUAGCCCUGAUGUGAUCAGUAUAGGGAUGAUCUGGGACUCUGAUCGUUGCUCCCCACAGCAUAUAAGUGAUGUGUUGCGCUCUAUCGGCACUACCAUUCGACUCAAUGAUAUGUACCAUGUAGUUGAUGACAGACUGGCCCAAAGAGCAAACCUGUUUCUCGUAGGGAUUGUCUGUUAUUAUGGCAAACACUACUCAACAUUCUUCUUCCAUCAGAAACAAAAUAUGUGGAUCUACUUUGAUGAUGCUACAGUGAAAGAGAUUGGUCCAGAUUUCAAAAGUGUGAUAAAGAAGUGUUGUAAGGGCCACUACCAGCCACUGUUACUCCUCUACAGUAACCCAAAUGGUGACCCUUUAGAUGCCAGUACUGCCCCACAGUACACAAUCAGAGUGCCCCCUACUGCCAAUACUGACUCAUUAGCAGAUGUAACAGACCAGAGACCUCGCCAGUCAAGAUCAAUGGAGCGUGAUCUACCCGCACAUGCACAGAUUAACGACAACUAUCACCCUAGGGAAAUGAGACCCCCAGCAGCCGGUGGCUCUACUUACACCAAUGACACUUCCAUCUAUGAUCGUCCUAGAACAAGGAGUGUAACUAGAGGUCAGGAACCUCAACUUUCGGAACAUAGAGACAGAAAUAAUCAUAAUAAUAUGAAUAGGCAGGACUUCUAUAUGACAACUGUGGACCAGACUGAUGGUCCCUCCCAGGGGUACCCCCCUGCAUCUACACGGGGGUACUCAGGGUAUAAGCACCCAUCUCCAAGUGCUCCCCCCUUAGACUCCCCUGCUCCAAAUUACCCUGCCCCACCCCCCAUUGCAGACACCAAUAAUAAGGUUACUCCAACAAACAGGGAAGAAGCUGCUCGUACUGCUGAUCUUAUGGGACAAUAUGUGCUCCAGAGUGGCUCUGUUAAGCCAUACUUUAAUACUUCUUCUAACAGAGGCAAUGAAGCACACAUCUAUAAUGUUACAGGUGUGAAAUACAAUCAACCUAAUGAAUAUUUAAACAGCACCUAUGAGCAUACCAGGACUGAGAAAUCAAGAGAAGUCUGUGAUAAAAAUAGACAAUACAAAAACUAUGGUGAAUAUUCUAAACAGCAGUCACACAAUAAUGGACCUUUGGCACCACACCAACAGGUGGCACCAAAUCAUCAGGUGGCACCAAAUCAGCAGGCAGCACCAAAUCACCAUGUGGCACCAAAUCACCAGCAGACAGCCUGGAACAAGGAGAAUAAACAUCUCAAUCAAAGCAUGGACCCCAAAAAGAGACUGACUGCACAUGAACUUUUAGGUCUAGUACCAAAGAGUAAGACUGAUCAGGAUAUAAAACAAAUGACCUCUAGCCAGACCCCAAUAGUCCGAAAGAGGCCAAGUAGUGCACAUGCUGCCCCCUAUACUUCAAAUAUGGACACUAAAUCGAAAUAUGCAGCCCCAUCAAACAAUGGUGUACUAAGACAUGCAAUGUCUACAACCAAUACAAGCAGCUACCAUGCUAGCCAAAGUAACAUUACAACUAACACUGCUGAUGUAAAUAAAACCAGACCCAAGGUCCAGAGAUCUCAGUCUGCCAAAAACCCAGUGAACCAUUACAGAGAUGAACACCAGGAUGAUCCCAGCUACAUCAAUCGGAAGGCUGUAGAAAGUGUAUUGAGCUACCAGAGGCAGAUGAGUGGCGCUAGUUUGAUUGCACAGGGGAGUGGCAAUCGUAGCAGUAACAGCAGUCUUGAUUCACUUACAGAUACACAGCUACGUGAGGCGGCGAAACAGUUGCCAUCAGCCAAUGGUGCGCCCUAUAUUAAACCAGCGUUGAAGAUUGAUAUCACAGAUAGUGUAUCAUCUGGCUACAACAGCGGAGAUAGGAAUAGCGCUAGUUCAGCUAGUAGUGCUUCAAACGAUGGUCAAGGUAUUGAUCCAACACCUGUCAAUCAAUCCAAGAACCCAUUUGUUUAUCCCAGCAGCAAUCUCCUGAAGCCAAGAGGUCAAGGCUAUGAGUCAAGGUCAUCAAGUGAAAGUCUCAAUUCUCUCCCUAGUAGCGAUAAUGGGUGUAAGGCACCAUCUGAUGGCCUGAAUAGAAAGUCUCAUCUAAUGACACAGAUUCCAGAAGGGCUGUCAACAUCUUAUAAUACAAAGUCAACAGCUUUCUUUAAGGAGAAACUUUCAGGGGGCAUGAGUCACAACUCUCAAGGUCAUCCUCCCAACAGACCAAUGGUAGCCACCCAUAAAGAGGCAUCACCCCCUAGGAAUGACUCUUCCAAUCGUGAACCAGUCCAUUUUAGACCAACAGACCGGUCCACUAAUGCUGGAAGAGGGGGGAUAGCUAGUUGUCCUACUACCCCUCUAGUAGGGCGUAAACUAGGUCGUAGAUUAGAUUAUGAGAACUUAGAUUCAAUGAACAGUGAUUUGAUGAGUCACCCAACUCAACCUGUCCAUGAUAGACCACCAUUAGGAUUAGCUGGAGAAGAAAGAGCUGAAUGGCUAUGUAGCAAAGCUGAGGAUCUAAUAGAGCAGUCACUCCUGAAGGAGAAAGAGGGAGACCUCCCAAUGUCCAUGUGUUUGUGUACUAAUGCAAUAACAUAUCUAAAAGAAGCUAUGACAUUGGGGAACAUAAGCCAACAGAGCGUGAUCCAUGCCCAGAUGAAGCACAACACAAGUGUUCUGAGGUCACGUAAGCUGCACCGUAUGAUCCAGCAGACGAACAAACAAGAUUCAAGUAGCGUCACAACCAGCGAAACUGGGAGUGAAGACAGAUCGAGCCUGAGUUCCAUGGAGCCUGCAUACCCUCCUCAAAGGGAGCCCCUAAAGAAUCUAAUUGACCUCUCAGAGAAACCAAAGGAGCAACACGAAGAGCUGAGGGAGCAACUAGAUAAACUCUAUAUCCAACAAAACAAAGAUGGAACUCCAGUCUGUAUGCAGGAUAUGAAAUAUGGACAGAACAGUAAUGAUGCUCAUGUAGUUGAAUUGAAUGUGAAAUAUGAUCACUAUAGACAGGCUAGCAAUGCUAGUACAAGUACACUGGUAUCUGCCACUAGCCAGGAGCACCUCAGACAGGGGAGUUGUAGUAGUACUAAUACACUAGGGGCCUCCACUGAGAAUGUUCAUACAGGGGUAUAUUCUGAUCCCCCAAUCUCAAACACAACUACAGUGAUCAGACCAAGGACAAGUUAUGAAAUGACUGAUACCCCUGUGAGGAGUGCGUUAAGUGAUGAAAAAACUACCCCACCAAGGACCGUGACUGCAUUUUCAGUAACUGAUAGCCCAGCUGCACGUAUCGUUGACCUAUAUGGGACAUUACCAAGAAAAAAAGAUAAGAAUAAACCUCUUGUUAAGCCUCAUGUUAAACAGAGCAAAGAGAAGGAGGCAGAAGUUUACCAGGCUUUCCUGAAAAAACAACGUCGCAAUACAACCUCAUCAUUUGAAAUGGAUCUCAAACGUGGUACUAUUGACAGUAGCAGCGAUAGCGACUACAGAUCUGGAAGUAGUCACAUCUCUGAUGAUACUAACUCCAUCCACCAGAGGGCACCUGAGGUGGGCAAAUCACGCAGAAUGUCAAAAGAGGAGCUGAGGAAAGUAGUCAGUCAAGGUGUGAUGUCUCGAUGGGGAGAGGAGGCUGUUACCCAUAAACCCAAGCAGCCUACUCCAAGCUCACAACAGAGCUACAAUAACUAUGGACUACAUACUAGCCAGUCUACUCCUCACAUGUCUCAGUAUACAAGCCAAUAUAACAGUUCUAUCCCUUCAACAAACACAAGCCAACAUAUCACUUCCUCAACUAAUAGUACACUGUAUAGUAACCCUAAAUCCAGUUCAAGUCAAUACAGUGGCAACCCUCAUGCUGCACAAUAUAACAAUGUACCUAAUCAUAAUUCAAAUACUUAUAAUAGUCAGAAAUCCAAUACAAACCAAUACAGUAGUAAUUCCAUUCCAAUCUCGAGCCAAUAUAACAAUACAACUUAUAUGAACUACAAUCAAAUUCAAUCUAAAAACCAAGAGAAUCUUUCGAGAAAUUCCAAACCAGCUCCUAACCCAAAGCCCAAAAUAGCACAAAAGCCAACAAAAUACAUGGAGAAACAAUCAGUAGGCUUCAGCUCAUCGUACCGUGUACCUAGCACUAAGGACUAUGAACAAGCAGGGAUGGGGUAUGCGCAAAUGAUGACUAAGCAGCAACAGGACUUGCUGUUAGAUGCACAGAAAGAAGACUGCAUGGUGGUUGACUAUAGCUGGAGGGAUGAACACGGCAAUGCCACAUGUCCCAAGUGUCAGAGUUGUGAUGGCUGGGUCCCUGAGACUCAAGUCUGCAUCCAUUGUGACAUGAUCCAUGUAGAGAACAAAUACCAGGAGGCCUCCAUUGGAAGUGCUCCCAGAAUCACCAAGUCUAACUCCCAGAUACAUCUCUCUCGACCAAUCAAUGGUGGAGAUAGAAGACAAACUAUACCUGAUAAUACUGAAUCUGAAGAAAAAUUCUAUGAACGCGUAGCUGUAAAAGACCUUGCGAAAAGAUUUGAGAAAAAUUCAAAUGAACGAAAAAUUGAUGAUGAAACUUUAAGCCCUUGUAGCAUACCUAGAAGUCGAAGCUUCUCAGGGACAGGGACACCCAAACCUGCGCUAGUGAAACGUCGUAGGAAACAUCGCACUAGGAAAAGCGUAACAUUCUGUGAAAACAUUGCUUUGGUGGCCGGAGAGGCUGAAGAUCUCGCAUAUAGGAAACCAGAUUAUAUCACUUAUCUUGCUAAACUUGGGCAUGGGGUUAGUGCGGACAAUGUCACUGGUGAAGCCAUUGAUAAAUCAGAGAAUGGUGACACAAAGCAGAACACUGGAUAUGAUUCAGAUUAUGACGGAAGUACAUCUGAUUCUGAACCAGAAGCUGAUAAACCUGUGGACCGCAUUCGAUGUUCUCUGUGUAGAAAACGUUGGAUAUCCCAGGAUAAAGUUUAUUGCGCACAUUGUGAGGCUUACAUGUCUCGUCUACAGACUGCUUGAUGACAGCACAAUAUAGCUGUCAUUUAGUUGUGUGCUUGCCCCUUUAGUGAAUAUGCACAGACUGCUUUAUGACAACAUAAACAUAGCUGUCAUUUAGCUGUGUGCUGGCCCCUUUAGUGAAUAUGCACAGACUGCUUGAUGACAACAUAAACAUAGCUGUCAUUUAGCUGUGUGCUGGCCCCUUUAGUGAAUAUGCACAG